CAACUAACUGUAGUUGGAAGUAGGUUAUUGAUGUUAUGAUUUUGUAAUAAAUAGUUGAACUUGGGAGUUGAGACUUACAAGUCCAAACAACUUAUAAAAUUAAAAAAUGACAAAAUGAAGAAAGAAAACACAAAAAAUAAACAGAGAAAGAAAAAGUGAAAUGUAGACUUGCAGUACUCCCCUCAAAUUCACUGCUUCACAACUCCAACAUCUCUCUUUCCUCUUCCUUUUUUCCAUUUCAAUUCCCUCUCUCGUUGAAACUCACCACUCAAAUUCAACAACCCUUUUCUUAAAUACUACUAGUACUAUAUUAUAAAUAUCACUACAUUUCUUGGAAUUUUUUUGGCUUGAAAAAGCUUAUGGUUUUCUGAUCCCUCCACGCCGGUUCGACAAAGAGAGCGUUGACAUUGCUAAAUUCUCUUCGUAAUUUUGGAUUUCUGCCAAGUGAAAAUAUUGAGCUAGCUGGGUUCUUAGGAUUGGAGAUGAAUCUGUGCUUCGAUUAAGUAAAUUAGGAUUAAUUGGAAAAUAAACAAAAUGUCUCUCAAGAGCAGAGGGAGCGAGUCAUCUUCGAAGAAAGGCGUUUCAAGAAAGCUCACACUUUUUCUCUGCAUUGGAUGCUUUUGUGCUGGGAUGCUCUUCACCGACAGAAUGUCGGCAGUGCCAGAAGCUGAAGACUUAUCUCAGUCUACUGGGGUUCCGGAUGAAAAGCCUAGCUUAGUUUCAGAUGGUUGUGAUACAAAAGUUAAGGAUGGAAAAAGCGAGUCCAGGGAUUUUUUUGCGAAAGUUUCUAAGACACCUCAUGAUACAGAGGCUCUGGAUAGAACAAUUUCGGAUUUGGAGAUGGAGUUAGCUGCCACGAGGACCCUCCAGGAUUCCUUACUCGGCAGUUCUCCCUUAUCUCAAGAGCUGAAGAAUCCCGGGUUAGCCAAAAAGAGAAAAUACUUUAUGGUAGUUGGCAUUAACACUGCUUUUAGCAGUCGAAGAAGAAGAGAUUCAUUGCGCGCUACAUGGAUGCUACAAGGUGAUAAACGCAGAAAGCUUGAGGAAGAAAAGGGCAUUGUCAUCCGAUUUGUGAUUGGUCACAGUGCAACAUCAGGUGGUAUUCUUGAUAGAGCCAUUGAAGCCGAAGAUAAGAAACAUGGAGAUUUUCUGAGACUGGAACAUGUAGAGGGCUACCUUGAACUAUCAGCCAAGACAAAGACCUAUUUUAUCACUGCUCUCACGCUUUGGGAUGCCGACUUUUACGUGAAAGUUGAUGAUGAUGUACAUGUAAACAUAGCAACACUUGGAGCAACUCUUGCCAGGCAUCGUUCGAAACCAAGGGUUUAUAUCGGAUGCAUGAAAUCUGGGCCUGUCCUCGCUCAAAAGGGAGCAAGAUAUUAUGAACCUGAAUAUUGGAAAUUUGGUGAGCAAGGAAACAAGUAUUUCCGUCACGCGACAGGGCAAUUAUAUGCUAUUUCAAGGGAUUUAGCAACUUAUAUAUCAACAAACAGGCAUGUAUUGCACAAGUACACAAAUGAAGAUGUCUCGUUAGGAUCUUGGUUCAUUGGAUUGGAUGUGGAGCACAUUGAUGACCGACGAUUAUGUUGUGGAACACCACCUGAUUGCGAGUGGAAGGCCCAGGCUGGCAACAUCUGUGUUGCUUCAUUUGACUGGAGCUGCAGUGGAAUUUGCAAUUCUGCUGAUAGGAUUAAGGAGGUCCACCGAAGAUGUGGAGAAGGCGAGACUGCUCUGUGGGAUGCCGUUUUCUGAUGUGUAGUCGUCAUCUGGAAUCACUGAGCUGCACGUGACAGAGAAUCCAAGGUUGAGAAUCAUCAACGGAAUGCAGCUUUGGCAAUGUCAUGAUGCACCGUGUUUAUCCUAUCCCAGGACAACGGGCCGAGGUACUCGAGGUCUGAUCUGUGUCAAUACAGCAAGUUUGAUGUCUUACAUUCUCACUAUGUACAUGCAAUAUAUAUAGAGAGAGAUGCUGCAAUAGACGUCGUGUUCCCAUUUUAGGUAAGGAGAUGGAUCAUUGUAGCAACACAGUAGAGUUAGAAGCAAAGCUUAAGUGUUGAUGGGAUUUUUGAGCCACUACAUACAACUUUCAUGAUAAGUGUGUAACUAUUUUGCAUUCUAACACUUUAACCUGCAUUUCUUCAUCAUCA